CAACCUAUCUCCUUAGAUAUUAAAGCCACUCUUCUCUUCCCUUCACCAAAAAAAAAUCAACAGGAAAUUCUAGAAAAAUCGGGAAAAAAAGGAUGAAGUUCACAGAUUCCCCUGUUAUCGAUCUCCAAGUCCUCAAUAGCCACCUCUCUUUCCACCAAGACAACGGCUCCAUGCACGUCGGAACCUCCGUCUGGUCUUGCUCUUUAGUCCUCGUCAAAUUCGCCGAGCGCUGGCACCCUUCAACGGCGGCGGCGGGGAACAACAACCCCUACGCCGACCUCCUAAACUUCACGGGCAAACGCGGCAUAGAGCUCGGAGCAGGAUGCGGGGUCGGUUCAAUGGGUUUAUUUCUACUCGGUUUAAACGACAUCGUUGUUACUGAUAUAGCUCCGGUAAUGCCGGCUUUAAAACACAACUUGAAACGGAACAAGCCAGUUUUGAAAAAGGCUUUGAAAACGGCCCAUUUGUAUUGGGCCAACGAGGCCCAGAUGAAGGCCUUAGGCCCACAUCCUUUUGAUGUUGUUGUGGCUGCUGACGUGGUUUACAUCGAGGAGUCGGUUGGGCCGUUGGUGGAGACGAUGGUGGAGCUGGUCGCGGAGGACGGCGUCGUUUUGCUGGGGUACCAGGUGAGGUCCCCCGAAGCCCACUUGUUGUUUUGGGAAAAAUGUGGGGAGGUUUUUGAGAUUGAGAAAAUCCCACACGAGCAUCUGCAUCCCGAGUAUGCGUACGAGGAAACUGAUGUUUAUGUUUUGAGGAAGAAGAAGCAGAAUUCCGUGGAAAAUAAGAAGGCUUCGUAGUGGGACCCCGUGGUUUUUUUUUUUAAUUUCUAUUUUUAUUUUUGUCAUUUUUUUUUUUGUAGUUUUUGGGUAGUAAAUUAUGUUUCUGGUGAGAAUUUGAGUUUGAAAUUUGUAUUGAGUUAUACAGUAAAUGUAGUAAUAUCAAUUUAAUAAUGUACUAUUUGGGAAAAAAAUGUACAAGAAAAACAUACUUUGUUUAUGAACAGUAGAGUUCAGAUAUGUUGAAUUCA